AUGCCUUCAGUCAGUUGUGGAUUUCCGGUGAAAAAUAUUCAGUCGAGCGUCAAUUAUUUUCGUGCCUACGUAACUCCCAUUCUGACAAUUGUAGGCGUGUUUGGUAAUGCAGUUGCACUGUACCUAUUUGCCACACAUCAACCACGAAAUCGUUUUGCAAUCUACGCAAUGGCGUUGGCAAUAUCAGACAGUCUGGUCUUGCUGUCAAACUCUUUUUUGGAUGAUUUUGUUGGCAGUGGGCUUCCGUUUCUUAGCAACGGCCGUCUUGGUGUGAAAUUAGACGCAUUGUCCGUAGAAGCCUGCCGCUUGAUGGAGUUGACCGGAUUUUGGUUUAUUUUUACUUCCGGAUCGCUUUUGGUGGCAUUCAGCUUGGACAGAGUGGCUUGUCUAUUUCGACCGAUGCAGUGCCGGACUAACGAAGGAAUAAAGCUGGCAUUGUUGGUUUGUGGGAUCAUCAUGGCCCUGGGCCUGCUCCUCGGUUUACCUCAGGUUAUGCUAUUUGAGCUUUCCGACCGCCCCACCGCAAACACGACACAAGCCUACCUCUUCAGUAAGUCGUGUAAAUUAUCUAUCGGUAACCAAUUAUGCAGCUUUGGGUUCAACGUACCGUAUCCCAAAGCCUCCCAGCUGAGAACAGACAAGCCGUACUUAGAUGCCCUAUUUAGUCCUUCAAUGUGGACGGCCCAAGAUUUGGAGCAGAUUUCAGAUAAGAUUACAUUUAUCCUUGACAGUGUUACCAGUUCAAAAGAGUUCUAUACCCACGAAUCGGUGUUUUCGUUUGACAAACGUGACUCCACACAGAGUGCAUUUGAAGCUAAUUCCGAACCCGAAUCCCGCUAG